UCAGCCAAUGAUGGGCGAUGAUGUCCCAGAAUGCAUUGCAUCACAAAAUGCACGCGCGAACAUAUGAACACUGUAGUUAAGUAUUGUUGAAACUGCGCAAUUUAGACCUCACAUCUGCAUAAACAAUUGGUAGCAUAUUGUGAGAUGAAUUCCUGUGGAUUAUGAACGCUGUCCUUCCAUGCCAUGUGAGAAAGCAUCUUCAUUGGAUUUGUAGGUGAAUCUUGAAGCUUAAGAGGCCAGUGAUGACCACAACUAACAGUUCAGUCCUGAAAGAUGUUGUUGCCUAUGUUGAUGUGUGGUCAUCAGACAAAACAGCAAACUAUUCAAAACCAUUUGUCCAGCAGCUGCAGGAAAUGGGAGCUCAGGUAUCAAAAACAUUCAAUAAACAAGUCACACAUGUUGUCUUCAGCAAUGGUCAUCCGGCUACAUGGAGGAAAGCCAAGAAAAGUGAUGUGAAGAUUGUCUCUGUUCUCUGGUUAGGCAGAUGUUAUGAUGAAGGUGUGCGUGUCGAUGAAGAUUUGUAUCCAGCCGUAGAUGAAACCAACCCAGUAAUGAAGAACAAAAAACAUCGUUGCAUGCAGCCAAAAGAUUCUCCAGAGAGGACACCCGAAAAUGACAGACGCAUGAGGAAAAAAUUAGACAAGAUGAUGAAAGACUUAGUGCCAAAGCAACCUCUAAUUACAGAUGUGUCACCCAUCAUUAUUGAUGAGGAGAGUGGAAUAGUCUAUAGUCCUGGGUUGAAAAGAUCAGAUUACAUGAGACAGCGUUUGAAAGACAUGAAACAGAAACGGGAAAACCUUUCACCCACAGCUUCACAAAUGGUUGAAUCCUGUUCCUCCACUGGGCUGAAACCUUCCCUUGGGAGCACACCAACUGUCUUGAAAUUAAUGUAUGACGAGUCAGAUGAUGAUUCCAGUGCUUCUGCUGCUGAACCAGCAUACUCUCCCGAUAAGGAAGAAGGGAGAAUACACUGUGUUGUUACUGACCAUGGCCAUCUUGAACAACGCCACAAGAAUGCCACUGUGAAGCCUUGGCUGUCACCCUGCCGUGAUGUGCCAGAACAGAUUAAAAGUCCUCUGAUUUGUCCGGACUUCACUGACAAAGAAGAUGAAAAAGGGAAUAGACAAAAAAUGUCGAGAAGGACUUCAGUGAGAAAAAAGUCAGACAAACAAAAAUCUGUAGAUUUAUUAGAAAUUCCUCACCAUGAUAGGAGAUCUGACAGCAGUAAGAACUUAAAGAAGGAAAAAGGGCUUUCACAGAUAAAAUCAUCAAGCUCAUCGCCUAACAAAUCUGAAAAGGGAACUGGAAGAAUGAAAGCUGCUAAAUCCUUUACAGAGACUAAGACUAAUUUUGUCUCUGACACUGAAAACUCUUCUAGCUGCCGCUCGUCACAGGCAAAGUUGACUGUUGCUGCAGUUGAACUGUCAAAAGUAGCUGCUCCAUCACAGAAAAUGGAACGGAAAACACCCAAACAAGCCAGACUGUCACUUUCUUCCUUGGUACGAUCUUUCACUCUAUCGGGUGACUCUAAAACUGUUGCUUCAGAUUCCACUGGAGAUGACAGUGUGUUUGAGGACUAUUUCUCCCCAGCUAACUGUCAUCGAAAAUCACAGAGAGCUCUUUCACCAAAUCUUCCUGUGCAGAGAGACAUUCAGGUUCCUUUUGAGCUGGGCUCUGUCCAAAAGGAGAGAAAACACAGAAGAAGUGAAAGCAUUGGGUCUGAAACUAACAGUAAAAAGAAGAGGAAACUGGAGGAAACUCAGAUGGGCAAAAAUCCUGAUCAGCAGUCAGAUGCAGGUGGUAAACCUCGAAGUCAUCCACAACAGGAUGUUAAAGAAUCUCUUAAUAUCUCAAGUGCCACUGCAACACUUGUGGCUAAAAGGCGAAGACAAAGCAUCUUGCCCUUUACAAGUACAGGUACAACAAGUGAUAAAGUAAAAAAGAGGAGAGUGUCUACAUCAGUUCAAUCAACAAUGUUAAUGGAUAACACGGUACUGGAGCUACAGAAAAAGUCUGAUGUCAGUGCCCGCUCUCAUACCUUGGAAAGUAGAGGAAAUGAAUGUACGGUGGCAGCUGGUUUCACAGAGAUCCCCUCUGACGGUAGAGAAAAUCCCAACAAGCAAGUCAGCUUCUCUCUUCAGAAAAUGGUCAACAAAACAAAGGCUAUGCGGACACUGGUCAUGACAAGCAUGCCCACUGAGAAGCAGCAUAUAGUGGACGAGGUGGUGAAAUCACUGGGUGGUUUUUUAAUUGCUGACCGAGUUUGUGAAAGCACAACUCAUGUGGUGUCUGGUGGUCACCGACGGACUCUCAAUAUUCUGUUGGGCAUAGCUCGAGGCUGCUGGAUUCUCUCUUUUGAAUGGAUUCUCUGGUGUUUAGAGCAAAGACAGUGGAUUCCAGAGGAACCAUAUGAACUUUCAGACCAAUUUCCUGCAGCGCAAAUCUGUCGUCUCCAGAGGCACCUGUCUGCCGGAGAGCACCAGCAGGACCUGUUCCAAAGCCAGCCCGCCAUGUUUGUGUCCCAGCACUCUCAGCCACCCACUCAGAGUCUGGUGGAACUGAUCCAGCUCUGUGGAGGAACUGUCUGCAAAAGCGUGCGUCAGGCGGGUAUCUGCAUUGGGAAGUACAGCGGCAGGAGACCAGAGGGAAGCAGGAUCCUGUCUGAGCAGUGGGUGCUGGAUAGUAUCAUGCAUUUGAAGCAGCUGUCAUACGACAACUAUGACUUGGAGUGAAAGCUGUUGGAUAUAAAUUGUGUAUGGCUGUGAAGUUUAGUUUUGAUAAUUUUAUGCUGGACAGUGCCUGUUCUCAUACCAGCAGAUUCUGACUUACACUGUUCCUCUUCGGAAGUUUUAUUAUCGUGCUUUACAAAUGUGUUCAGAGGUUUUUUAUAAAUCUUCUUGAAUAUCUCCUUUUUAAGACAUUUAGUCCCAGUUUACCAUGGAAACCAUUCAACAAUGGUCAAAGUUACUGUGAAACAUGGAAAUCUGGUUUGACAGAGUGUAUGUGCGAUCCUUUAUCAUUAUAUGCAUUGUUUUGGUUUAAUAUUGUAAUAAGCACCACUGCAUAACAAUGUGUUGUCAUUAUCUCACGAUAAGACAUGAGUUUGGGCUAGAUAGUUUUACUUUUAUAUCUCUUUUAUAAGAUUUUUAAAAAUACUUGCUGAGCCAGUUCAACACUCUAAUGGAGAUAAAAGACUGUAUCCUUUAUACAAAUGUUUUGUUAUGUCACCGUUAAUAAACGCUUUUUAAAAAAAA